AUGGAGGAGGAAAAACACCCACGCGCACACCUCAAAAAGUCAAAAGAAGACCGUACUUUCUUCGAAUUCAUUAAAUACGUGUUUUUAAGAACCGGUAAAGAAAGAGAGAAGAUCCAAAAAGGAGUCACGAUCACGACGGCCAAGUACACAUACGAAGUGCUAGAGUUACUGGGACCUGGCGGAUUUGGAGACGUCUAUCGAGUGAACGAUGAAAAGGGAAAAUCAUAUGCUACGAAAACGGAAACCGAUAGCCAACACAUCAACAAGCAGCUGCUGCGACUCAAACUUGAAACCAGUGUGCUUGUGGAAUGCGAAAAGGCAUGGUUACUGCUACACUCGACUGGCUACAUUCACAGGGAUAUCAAAUCACAAAACUUCGCGAUUGAAUUGAGAUUAAAGCCAAGGGGAAAGACCAAGUUCAUCGGGACUGUUCGCUUUGCGUCAAGAAAUUGCCACAUGAAUGUUGAACAGGGACGAAAAGAUGACCUAGAGGUGUGGUGUUAUAUGCUGAUCGAUCUUUUCGAUCAAAAUCUUGUUCCGUGCCGGAGGAAAGUCAACAAGGAAGAAGUGCUAAGCCUGAAGAAAUCCUUCUUUCACUUUAACAAAAAAUUUAACGCCAUUUUCGAUAAAGUGCCAAAGGACUUCAGACGAGUGAUAAAAUUUGUUGACGAAUUGGCGUACAGCUCUGCGCCCGAUUAUGGUACUAUUCGAAUGAGCUUUCUCCUC